CCUAACCAGACCAGCUCAGCGUGACCAGUCGAGUUUCAGACGCAGACAACAUUCGGUGCUUCACUCUUCUCGUCCUACACGCACACGAUCAAUCAAUCUACUUGGAUCCCUUCCAGCCAUCGCUCACAAUCAUCUCUAAACAAAGACCCUGCUUUGUGCUUGACAGAUUGUAUCGUCCCACAUCUUAUCGCGACUCAUUACACCGAGUGAUAACUCGUGUGGUCACUGCCUGCGGGCAGCAUGUUCUCUGAAUACGCUUCCAGGUUUCUCGCCCAAUCUCAAUCACGUAUCAGCUUUGCCCCAGCCGAAGACCGUCGUCCUGGGGAUGAUCGAUCCCGCAGACAGAAUCAAACAUGGAGAUCCUCAACCGCCUCUAGGACCUUAAAUUCUCGAGUCCCUAAUCCUUACCAGCCGACUUCUUCGCAGUUAUCCGCUUUCCCUUUUGCAUCGCGCUUAAAUCCUCAACAAGCCCCCCUCUUCUACAGCGCGACCGACGAGUUCCGGGAGGAGAACGAUGAAGAAGAGCAUGAGCGAGACAUGGCAGAUUUCUAUGCCCUUCAGAGAUCAAGGCGGCAGCUCGGAGCCAGUGACUUAAAAGCCUCGGCUGAUGCAGGAGACGGAAGCGGAUCGAGUGUACAUGGUGACAGCAGUCAUGGAGAAGACUCGCGAGACAGAAGCACGAGAAGAGGAGGGGGCAUCAGAAGCUCGUGGCAUGGCGGUGUCCCAAGCUCGCGACGAAGGGGCCCAGGCCUCGAAGAUCUUGCGGAAUCGGCAGAGGCACAAGCUGAUGAGCCAAGUCCUAGCGCCUCGAGAACUCACAUGGUCGAUAUCGGUCUGGAGGACACUUUGAGGAGUGAGUAUGAGGACGACCCUCCUGAGGAUCUGAUGGAAGACCCUCCCUCUAUUCAGCAUUUACGGACUCCCAGACCGACGAGGAAGGACGAGUACGAUUCGGAUGCAUCAGACAGUGACGACGUACUACGAAAACAAUUACUUACCAACUCACAGAGUCAGGAAGUGGGCAAGGGUACUCGUCCUGAUGACAUUCAGCAAUCACCGGGUCGACAACCCAAGCAUGACUCAUUCUGGGGUCAGAUCUAUCUCCUCAACCUGGCAGCCAUGUUUACGACGUGGUUCCUCAUAUUCCUACAUACUGAUUCUCCCGCAACGAACCAACCACUCGGUGACACGAUAUAUACAACACUUCACGGAUCUUUUUAUCUUUUAGCGACUUAUACCCUCAUAGCGACUUUCGUUUCAUUAUUUUGGCUUGCAGCACUCAGGUCAUACGUUCGAUAUCUUGUCUACAGCAUUAUCAUUGCGGUGCCGGUUAUCCUGUAUUCGUUCUGGAUUUACCCAUUUAUCUCCAGUUACCGCGGAUCCUGGCAUGGCGCAAGCACUCAAGACGCCAUCAUGAGAUGGAGCUCCCUCGUACUUGCGAUAAUGGCCACAUUCUGGAUACUUGCCGUUAUUCGUGGAAGACUGGCGAUGCAAAAGGCCAUCUCGAUCUUGGAGUUUGCCACACGGAUUCUAGCUGCGAAUCCAACCUUGGUCUUGAUCGGGUUUUCGGUGCUGGGCUUCAUUAUCAGCUUUACUUGGUUGUGGCUGUCCAUGUUCACCCGGGUCUUCCUCGGUGGACAUCGCUCGCCUCACUCCGCCAUUAGCAGGUUUAUCAUCGACACUUCCACGUGGUGGGUUGGGCUGUACUUCAUCCUGGUGUAUCUUUGGACCAUCGCCGUUGCUUUUGGAAUGCAACGGACGAUUACCUCUGCGACAGUCUCGCAAUGGUACUUUCACCGCCUAGCUGUUCCGGCACCGACUUCUCAAGCCAUCGUUAAGGCGGCCUUGUAUCAUUCGGCAACCACGCUUUUUGGCACAAUCUCUCUCUUCACGGCAUUGAGCCUUUUGGUCAGGCUACCUCUUCUUCUUCUACCUCGCCGGCUGACGAUGUUGCUGGGAGUGGCGAUGUACUCUUUCAUACCAAGUCCCAUCGCCGUGCUGAUCAACCCGCUGACACUCACGUACGCGGCCAUCCAUUCUCAGCCUCUCAGCGUCAGUGCCAGAGGCCUUUCUCAGAUGCAUUUUCUCAUGCCAAAUGACGCCACCACCUCUCUACAUCCGAACACGUUCAACCGACGCCGACGCAAUGAUGGUUGGUCUGCUGAUACGGCACCACUAUUGUCGUAUCGCCUGGCAAAGCUCAUACUACACGCCACGAGAUUCAUCAUGUCGCUUACCCUAGGUUUCGGCGGAUGGGUAUCAACAGCUCGAUCUCUGAAAUUGGAAGGGGCAGGUGUCCGCGGAAGCCUUUAUGCUUAUAUAGUCGGUCUCAUUGCUGGGGCAAUCGGCUGGGGCAUACUUGGUGCAAUGGAAGGUGUACUUGCAUGUAUCGUCGAUGCUGUGGUGGUAUGUUGGGGCAGCGAGGUAGGAAGCACUGGCACUGGCGAGGUCAGGUAUUGUAGGGAAGCUGGAAAUUUGUUUGGUGAAAACGAGGACACCAUCGGAAGAGUCAGUCUAGCCUGAGAUCGGUUGAGGAUACGUGGUCUAUACCGAGCAAAGGAGUGGAAAAUUAAACGAAUUUGUCGGUGACAGCAUUGAUGGACAGACCAGAUGGGAACAUCCCUUAAGAAGAUAUUGUAGACCCUCAUCUA